UUGAAUCGGUGGUGCCCUAGAACAGAACUAGAAGUAUAGAAGUAUGGAAGGGGAGGAGAGGAAAAGAAGCAAGGGGCGAUUGUGCUGUUUAUGCAAUGAACGAAGAGCUUCUCUUAAAAGACCUAAAACUCUUGAACAGAUAUGCAAGGAUUGCUUCUACGAUGUAUUCGAGGAUGAGAUUCAUCAACUCAUUGUUGGCGAACAACUUUUUAGGAGCGGUGAACGUAUCGCAAUCGGUGCUUCUGGUGGUAAAGAUUCGACUGUUCUUGCUUAUGUGUUAUCCAAACUGAACCGCGUCCACAAUUACGGUCUCCAUCUAUUCCUCUUGUCCGUUGAUGAGGGCAUCACAGGCUACCGUGACGAUUCCCUUCAAACUGUUCAUAGAAACCAAAUUCAGUAUGAUUUGCCUCUCAAAGUCGUCUCUUAUAAGGACUUGUACGGUUGGACUAUGGAUCAAAUUGUCAACCUCAUUGGUACCAAAAACAAUUGCACCUUCUGUGGUGUCUUCCGUCGCCAGGCCCUUGAUCGAGGUGCUGCUUUCUUGAAAGUAGAUAAACUCGUUACUGGUCACAAUGCUGAUGAUAUUGCUGAGACCGUUCUCCUCAACAUAUUAAGAGGAGAUAUUGCUAGAUUGAGUCGAUGCACUUCAAUAACCACCGGUGAAGAUGGGCCCAUCCCCAGAUGCAAACCUUUUAAGUAUACAUACGAGAAGGAGAUUGUCAUAUAUCCUUAUUCAUUAAAUCAUUUUUUCCUUAUUCUUUGUUUUGUUGCUAUUGGAUCUUCUUACUUGCAAAUCCUUGACAUCUUGAUUACGUAUGCAUAUUUCAAGAGGCUCGACUACUUUUCCACUGAAUGUAAUCUUUAUCUUUUUAUAAUUUACUUAUAUAUAUAUUAUUUUUAUUUUUAUUUUUUGGUCCAUCCAACUUCCAAUUAUAAUAUUCCCUUGAGAAUUGCAGGCAUUUAUUCUCCAAAUGCUUAUCGCGGUUUUGCUCGUGAGUUCAUCAAGGAUUUGGAAAGAAUCAGACCCAGAGCCAUUCUUGACAUCAUCAAAUCAGGGGAGAAUUUCAGGAUUUCCACUGCUACGAAAAUGCCAGAGCAGGGAACAUGUGAACGGUGUGGUUAUAUUUCUAGUCAGAAAUGGUGUAAAGCUUGUGUUCUGCUUGACGGAUUGAAUCGAGGUUUGCCUAAGCUGGGGAUUGGGCGGAAUCGGGGCAGUAUUGGUUGUAAGGACGGAAUUGAAAGUCAGGGAGGAAAGAGCAUCGAGAGCAAACAAUUUGGAACUUUAGACUUCUAAUUCGCCAUAUAGGCUUCAUAUGAAUCCAUAGGUUCUAUGUACUACUGAUUAAUCGAACGUGGUUGCAGUAACUACCUAGUGAAUCCCGUGGUGGUUAUUGAUAGUGGAAUGUCAAUAUAUUUGGUGACAAAACUAUAAGAAUAACAGACUUUGCAGAGGGACCUAGCCUAUCAAGACACUAAACAAAAGAAGAAGCGGGAUCUAAAAGAAUUUGAGGUUUUCUGCUCCUGAAAUUCAGGGUUUCACGUCAUCGUGAAAAGAAAAUAUAACCUAGAAUAGUUGCAUUAUUUGCAGACUUUGUUACUUGUCCUUUAAUUGUGUGCCCCUAGCUUACUUUUUGUGGUCAAUAUUUUGUCAUGCAGUUUUAUUAAAUUUAUCAAUGAACUUAGAAGUCCUUUACAGAUGCAGCGGGAGUUUUGAUAUUGUAAUAUUCUUUUCUAGCACUAACUUUUUUAGAGGAAUA